GCCGCUCGGAGCUCUUCCGGUUUUGUUAUCCUGCGGUAGGUCACUCCCAAGGUGGGGGAAGUCGGGCCCCAGCGUCGCGCGGCCCGGAAGCGACAGAACGAGGCCCCAUCUUCAAAAACCUGAGUUUAAGACCCGCUCCGGACAGGGUCCUAGAGCGGCAAUGCACAGGCGCUGUGUCGGUCUCGCGAGAUCUCGCGGUUGCCACGGCCGGCGCCCCCGGGUUUCCAGGAAUUACACAGGACAGAGGGGAGUAGCAGGAAGGGGUCCCAGGGGAGGUCGGUGCCCUGCGGCGGCCUCUCUGGGUUUCCCGCAAGAGACCUCUGGAGAAAGAAGAGAAGAGCAGGCCAAGAGCGCAGAGGACCUCAUUGAAAUUCACACCGCUUCGCCCUCCAGUUGGGGCAACGGAUCAGCCCCGCCUCCCGCCUGCGGCCAAUGGGAGAUAGCCGAGUCCGGAGAGCAACCAAUAGGAGCCUGCCGAGCCGAGAUCCCAGCCAAUGGGAGCGCCCUUUAAUGGCAGAGCGCCCUUUAAGAGGCGGUGGGGUGCGGCUCGCGAGCCAGCGCGUGGGGAGCAGCCGCCGGGCCGGGCCAGCAUGUCCCUGCAGGCUGAUUUUGAGAGGGCUGCAGAAGAUGUCAGGAAGCUGAAAUCAAGACCAGACGACGAAGAACUGAAAGAACUGUAUGGGCUUUACAAACAAGCCAUAAUUGGAGACGUUAAUAUUGAAUGUCCGGGAAUGUUAGAUUUAAAAGGCAAGGCCAAAUGGGAAGCAUGGAACCUCCGAAAAGGGUUGUCGAAGGAAGACGCGAUGAGUGCCUAUAUUUCUAAAGCAAACGAGCUGAUACAAAAAUACAGAAUUUAGAAUUCAGCAUAUGAAAAAAAAAAAAAGAAUUCAGCAUAUGAGAAAUUUUUCUUUCCGAAGUUUUCACAAUGGUAUCACGUCCUCACAUUCAGGGCAGAAAUGCAUGGCUAACUUGAUGGAUCGCGUCUAUUUUUGCUAUUAGCAUGAACUGGAAUACUUAAUUAGGAGUACGCUGAAACUACGUAGUUAACUAAAUUUUACUUGCUUAACCUAGAUGACUGUACAAGUUCUUUUAGAAAAGUAUUGCUCUGGUAGUGUGUAUACAAAGAUUUAACAACUGCUUGUUCUCUUGGCUUAUCUGAUCUUCUACAAUGAGCUGGUGUUACUGGUGUAAUAAAAACAGGUUAUUAAGAAUUAAUAAGAAUACUCUUUUGUUACACACAUAGCUUUGGGCUCAGGCUGAUGCAGUGACACGCCUGGUU